AUGGCACAUCCCAUGACCCAGUGGAACAGUGACCUCUUUGACUGCUGUGUCGACCCAAAAGUUUGCUGCAAUGGCUUCUGGUGCUGCUGUUGCAAUGCCUGCUCGGUUUCAGAACAGUUUGGUCAGCACCCUUGUCUCCCAAUGUGCGACAUAUGCACCCCCGCCUGCACUGAAUGCUUUGGAUUACCAUGCUGCAUCCCUCCUGCUGGCCUGUCUCUGAGGGUUGCUAUACGGUACAAGUACGGCAUCAAGGGAACUCUCUUCAAAGACAUCAUGGUUUCCAGUGUCUGCAUGUGGUGCUCCUGGUGUCAGAUGAGACGCGAGUUGAAAUAUCGCCAAACAGACCCAUCUGUGGUCAACCUGCAGCCUCGCCCAGUGGUGACUGCUCCUGUGGUCCAACCUACUGCCCGUACAACAGAGCGCCCGACAGGGUUUGUUGUGGCUAGGUACUAA